GAAUUUUGGAUUUCCGACUUAUUUUUUUGAAUGUAAAGCAUUUUGUCGAUCUCUUGUGAUUGUCGGCUCAAGAUUAUUGACGCUUGUCGGAAAUUAUAAAUUAAUAGAAAAAUGAAAAAACUCAGCCAAAGUCAAAACUGUAACCCUUGCCGUCAUCUUCAUCUCCAAUAUACGAUAUGAAUCGUUGUCUGCCAAUGCACAAUGCUAUUAAGUCGUUAAGCUGGCUAGAAGGAACAUGGAGAACUGAAACUAUUGCGCAAGGUCAAUUUCCAACAAUAAAACCAUUCACAUACUGCGAUGAAAUAAAGUUCAUUUCGAUUGGUCAGCCGAUGCUGAAUUUUGAGGCACAGAGUUGGCAUCCUGAGAAAAAAAAUCCCAUGCACCGAGAGGUUGGAUUUCUCAAAGUGAUUCCAGAAAGUAACAAAGUGGCUCUUGUAGUUUCGCAUAAUUUUGGACUUACCACCAUUGAAGAAGGUUUCAUCGGUGACAAUGAAAUUAAACUGGAGAGUGUAUCAAUUGCUAGAAUGUCACAAGGUACUAAGGAGCCUGGCGUGACAAAGUUGAAAAGAGAGUUGAAGCUCGUGGGAAAUGAUUUGGAGCAAAUUGUCCACAUGGCGACUACGACAACGCCGGAAUAUGCAGAGCAUUUGCGAGCGCGUUACGUCAAAUUACCUAGAUAUGAAUAAGCCAGAAGGGAAACGGAAAAAGUAUAAAUAACAAUAAUAUUUAUCAUCUUUGUACAAAAUCUUUGUUUAUAUUUUCAUGAGUGAUUUUUUAUGAUGAGACGAACCUAAGGCUGCUGUGAAAAUCGCAAGUUGUAUCAGUUCAAUUUUUUCGAUUAAAGUAUUCAAUUAUAUUAAGUAA